AUGUUCGGUGACGGUGUCUUCAACUGGUUCAAGUCCUCCAAGCAGGAAGCUGCCCCGGAGCGCACAUGGAACGCCAACACUAUGACUGCGGAGCAGCCGACUAGCCCAGCCGCUCCUACCACCGAGCGGGUCGUCACUGAGCAGCCGGGCUCCCAGGAGCAGAUGAACAUGAACCUGCGUGGUGGUGCUGGUGCUGGAGACAUCUGCUGCGGAGUUUGCGCUGGUCUUUGCUGCUUCGAGGCCUUCGAGGAGUGCUGCUAA